AUGCUGGCCACCGACUCCCUCCACACCAUCAAGCUCCCCACCUUCACCAAACCGGAGCCAGGCACUUUCCCCUCCUCCACCAGAACCGCAGCAGCAGCAGCGCCGCUCAACCCCACCUCAAUCGCGCGAGAAUGGCUCAGCGCCUUCGCCGGCGCGCUCUCCGCGCCGGCGGACCAGCUCGCCGCGAGCCUCGCCGGCGUCCUGCACGCCGACUGCUGGUGGCGCGACCACCUCGCGCUGGGCUGGGACCUGCGCACCGUGCGGGGCCUCGACGCGCUGGCGCCGUUCGUGGCGGCCGCGCAGCCGCGCUUCCGGCUGCGGCCCACGGCGCUGGCCGAGACGGGCCAGUUCGCGCCCGGCGCGAAGACGCCGGUCGAGGGGCUCGAGUGGGUCGAGAGCAUGUUCGAGUGGGAGUCGAGCGUCGGGCGCGGCAAGGGCAUGCUGAGGCUGGUGCGGCAGGAGGAGGAGCAUGUGUGGAAGGCGUACAUGCUGUACACGGCGUUGCAGGAGCUGAAGGGGUUCGAGGAUAGGGUCGGCGUCAGGAGGCCGCACGGAGGGAACAACUCGCUGGUCGGGGGCGCGAUGAAGAAUGGGAAUUGGACGGAGCGGAGGAACAGACAGAUUGAGUUCCUGGACGCGGAGCCGCAGGUGGUCUGCGUGGGUGCUGGCCAGUCCGGUCUCAACCUUGCGGCGAGGCUGCAGGCGAUGGGGGUGUCUUGCUUGUUGGUCGACAGGAACAAGCGUGUGGGUGACAACUGGCGGUGCAGAUACAGGACUCUCGUCACUCAUGACCCCGUCAAUUACACCCACAUGGCAUACAUGCCCUUCCCGAGCACCUGGCCGCUUUUCACGCCCAAGGACAAACUCGGGGACUGGUUCGAAGCCUACGCCACGCUCCUGGAGCUGAACGUCUGGCUUUCCAGCACCGUCACGUCCAGCUCCUACUCGGACGCCACGCACACCUGGACCAUCACAGUGGACCGCGGCAACGGCCAAACCCGCACCCUCCACCCGCACCACGUUGUCUUCUGCACCGGCCACUCGGGCGAGCCCAAGAUCCCCAGCUUCCCUGGCCAGUCCGACUUCGCCGGCACCGUCUACCACGGCAGCCGCCACGUCGAUGCCACAGCCAGCGGGGCCGACCUCUCGGACAAGAAGGUCGUCGUCGUCGGCACGGGCAACAGCGGGCACGACAUUGCGCAAAACUACCACGAGGCGGGCGCGGCGGCCGUGACGAUGGUGCAGCGGCGCGGCACGUACGUCAUCUCGGCCGCCGACGGCAAGGGCAUCUUCGCCAUGCACAAGGGGCUCUACGACGAGUUCGGCCCGCCGACCGAGGACGCCGACGUGUUCGCGCAGAGCCUGCCCGUCGCCGUGCAGUUCGCCCUGCACGUCCCCUUCACCGCCAUGGUGCGCGACCAGCUCGAGCGCGAGACGGUCGAGGGCCUCACGCGCAACGGCUUCGUGCUCGACUUCGGCCCCGACGGCAGCGGCCUGUUCAGAAAGUAUAUCACUCGCGGCGGUGGCUACUACAUCGACGUCGGCUGCUCGAAGCUCAUCUGCGAGGGCAAAGUGAAGGUCGCGCACAGCCCUGAUGGCAUCAAGGGGUUCGAGCGGGACGCGCUGGUCCUCGCCGAUGGGAGGCGGCUGGAGGCGGAUAUCGUUGUGCUGGCGACGGGCUACGACAACAUGCGGACGAGCGUUGAGAAGGCGCUCGGCAAGGAGCAGGCGGAGAGGUGCAAGGACGUGUGGGACUUGGACGAGGAGGGUGAGAUCAAUGCGAUGUGGCGCCCCAGUGGCCAUCCUGGCUUGUGGUUCAUGGGCGGAAACUUGGCGCUGUGUAGGAUCUACUCGAGGUUCCUGGCGUUGCAGAUCAAGGCGGUUGAGGAAGGCCUCAAUGCCUGA